GGCGUUUGUCAUGAUCAAUGCAGGACAGAGGAAAAGAUACAAUGCAAGACAGAAGGAAACAUACGAGGAAUGGCUCUCAAACGCUCUGUCUUCAAACGAUGGUCAGUGGCAGCUCCUCACUUCUGCGAUGUCAAAUGCGGACAAGAGAUCACGUGCCAAAGCUAUAACUACGAUAAAAAAUACCAAAUAUGCGAACUAAAUAGCCGCACCAAGGAGGCGAGACCAAAGAAUUUCCUUUUAGCGCCCACGUGGUUUUACAUUCGACGAUUGAACGGCAGAGGUAAGAAAUCACAAGUCUAUGUACCAAUGUGACUUUUUUUGUUUCUUUACAUUUUCUCUAUCCUGAGCUAACCGCGUUCCUUCCCAUUUACAAGAGUUGAUGAUGAGAAAAGAAAAACUGAGAACGUAUUUUACUGCAGCCCCCUUGGGUUCUAUACCUGAAUUACCGGCGCUGCCCUGUCACGAAAUAAAGGCGAGUGAAGGAAACGACAGUUUUAGCGGCAACUUUUGGCUGAAUCCGACUGGUACUGGGAAGGCAGUUUUGAUUGACUGUGAUAUGAUU